AUGAGUACACAUUCCGAUCACAAUGAUGCUGAUCACGAGCCGUCUGAAAGCGGUACAGAAAUCCCUUCGGAUUAUCGAAGUGGAUUUGUUGCAAUUGUAGGACGUCCAAACGUGGGUAAAUCGACAUUGAUGAACCAUUUAUUGGGUCAAAAGUUGUCAAUUACUUCACGUAAGCCACAAACGACACGCCAUAAAAUCAUUGGUAUUGAUAGUCGUGAAAAGUCUCAGGCUGUAUUUGUUGAUACGCCGGGGAUGCACAAGAAAGAAGUGCGUGCGAUCAAUAAAAUGAUGAACAAAGCUGCACACUCUGCAUUGCGUGAUGUCAAUUUGGUACUAUUUGUUUUAGAUGCCCAGAAAUGGACACCAAAUGAUGACUUGGUUUUAGAAAAACUGCAAAAUGCAGAAAUGCCAGUCGUUUUGAUUAUCAAUAAAAUCGAUACCUUAGAAAAUAAGCGUAUGAUUUUACCGUUGAUCCAAGAACGUGCGAAGUUGAUGAAUUUUGCUGAAAUUGUUCCUGUUUCAGCAUUACGUGGUGCAAACUUGGAUCAUUUGCGUGAAGCGAUUGAAAAGUAUCUACCAUUCCAGCCACCAUUAUAUUCUUUAGAACAGUUAACUGACCGUUCAGAACGUUUUCUUGCCAGUGAAAUCAUUCGUGAGAAAAUUAUGCGUCAGUUAGGCGAAGAGCUGCCUUAUGAUUUAACGGUUCAAAUUGAAUCAUUUAAAACAGAAGAAGCGACAGUGAAUGAAAAAACUGGUCGUCCUAAAGCUGCAUGUACUUAUAUUGAUGCCACAAUUUUUGUUGAUCGCCCUGGGCAAAAAGCCAUCGUGAUCGGUGAAAAAGGUGCUAAGCUGAAGAAAAUUGGUAUGGAUGCUCGUGUCGACAUGGAAAAAAUGUUUGAGCAAAAAAUCAUGCUAACACUUUGGGUGAAAGUUAAAGGCGGUUGGUCUGAUGACGAACGUGCUUUAAAAAGUUUAGGCUACAGCGAUAUUUAA